AUGGAUGCGACCAUUGGCAUCACUUCUGCUACAAAUGCUAAAGUCGCUUGGGAAGACUUGCAUACUACUUAUGCAAAUAAGUCUCAAACUCGUAUUUUUAGUCUUAGAGACCGUCUAGCCCGCGUUUCCAAAGACUCCCGCCCUAUUGCAGACUAUCUCCAUCAAGUUCGGUCUCUUUGUGAUGAACUUUCCACUAAUGGAUCCCCCGUAUCCAAUGAAGAAUUCAUUGUAAAGAUUCUCACUGGCCUUGGAUUUGAAUUUCGAGAACUUUCAGCCGCUCUCCGUGAUCAACAUUCAACAAUCCCCUAUGAAGAACUAUAUGAAAAGCUCCUUGAUCAUGAGCUUUUCCUGCAGCAUGAGGAUUCCAAAAAGACACUUUCUGUUCCAAUCACUGCGAACAUUGCUAAGGGAACUACUUCCAGUCCUACGCGUCAAGGCUCCACCUAUCACCAGAACAAUAAUCGAAGAUCAAAUGCACCAAAUCAACAAAAUAAUUAUCAGUCCUAG